AUGUCCAAGCUGCCGCCGCACUUUUUCCGAUGUCCGUUGCUUAGUGACGCCGACACGGCUGACCUCAAGGCCUUUGCCGAGCAAGCGUCGAUCGAUUCCGUUCGCCAUGCCAGGCUACACAAUGGCCCCAUCAAGUGGUCCAUCAUCGAGGACGACCAUGACCUGCAAGUGCUGAGCGGAUACGAUCCCGCCGCGCCCGCAGGGGUCCUCUCCUACGGCUCGACCACGUACCUCUACGCUUCCAUCGACGACGUAGCCAGUCUGUUUCGGGCCGAAACGGACGAAGAGUACCAGACGUAUCGUCGACAGUUUGCCCCGGACUUGUUGGACGGCGCGCCGCUGUAUACGCUGACAUCGCCGACCCCAGCCAACCCGCGUCAAUUUGUCGGAAUCAAAUGGAUGGCAGUGGCCAGUCCGGUGGUAGCCGUGGUGAAACACCGCGACUUUUGUGCCAUCGAGUGCCGGUAUGAUUUCGACACACAAGGCAGGCGUGGGUAUGUCCGGUGCCUCAAGUCCGUGUCGUUGGCAUGUUGUCCGGACCUGGAGGCGUCGAUGGGGUUCGUCCGGGGCACGUACCAUCGGCUGGCGCAUGUAUUUUUAGAAACCGAUCGGCCGGGGUACCUCCACGCGUUCCAGCUGCUGCAGGCCGACUUUCGCGGCAACAUCCCCACGUGGCUGUCGAAAUUAAGUGCAAAAAAGCGCGCCAAGUCAUUGGGGGAUAUGGAUUUGUUCCUGCGGGGCCAGCGGCUGACCCGAACCGCCUUCUUAAAUGACCGAGAACUCGUGCUCAAGGGCAACAGAAGCCGCUGCUUCGUCUGCCAGGUGCCAUUUGGGACGUUCGGAACCAAGUGUUCGUGUCGAAAGUGUGGCGAAGUGGUAUGCAAAGCCUGCUCCAAGUCGUGGCGAGUGCAUGCCGAUGGCAUGAGCCAAAGUUUGCGCGUGUGCACUUCCUGUACGACCUCCAAUGGGCUCAUUGGCGACCUCAUGACCAGAGCCGCCAGCACCACCAGCCAACUGGAACGCACCAAAUCUGUGACAGUGUCCACGCCGCUGGCGACUUCGAGAGGUGGAAUCAAUGCAGCCGCAGCGCUGACAGGUCGAGGUGGGUCCCAGCGCCGCGCGGGGACGCAGUUGAGUUCGUCUGCAGCCGCGACUCCAACCCCCCGGACACUCUACACCCCCAAAGUCCCCCGGUUCCACAAGUCCGCAUCAACCACGCCCACCUCCGCCCGCCUCCCGUCAUCGCCACUUAGCUUUGAUUUCCUCAACGAAUCUAUCUUUCAACACUCGACGGGCGAGCGAAGUACGGGCUUUUCCGUGGACGAUGAUCUAGAUGACUUGGACAGCAGCUUCAUAUUUACCCCCACGCAACUACACGAUGCUCCUCGGAACAGUAGACAAUUGCAAUCUCAAGGACAACAAGACGACAGAACACUCACUGACGUACCCCCUUGGCACCAGCAGCAACUCGUGCGAUAUGAUCCAACCAAGGCCCAAGACCCAAGACACACCGAUAAAGUGCCACCACUACUCCGCGACGACCUGGACCAUCGAAACGAUAUCAUUCCGCUGGUCAUGUCGCCUUGA